AUGUCUUCUCCACAACUCCCAGUUUUCUCAUGGGACAAGGGUACAUUCGCCACUGCCAUAUCUGAUCCUGUCUACCUAGUAAAAGUUCUCUUCUUCUCUCCUCUCCUGAUGACUCUGAUCACCCUACUCAUCCUGGCCUGGAAGGUCACCAAAGGCAAUAGCAACAAGAACAGACAGCAGGAGGCAACGCUGCUGGCCUGA